AUGGAGAGUAGUGGGGAGUUGUCAUCGGGCGCUAACAGGUUGGGGAAGAAACUGGAGGCCAGGGUACUCCCCAAUGGCCCUGUGGAGAGUGACUCUGGAGGCAACCCUGGAGAGCCAGUCACCCUGCACUGGGUCCUGGAUGGACGACCCCGGCGCACGGGCACCCUGGACGAGCCGGUCUCGAAGCUAGACAUGGGGCUGGUGGCCUUGGAGGCUGAAGGGCAGCGGCUCCUGCUCGAGCUGGAGAAGAACCACAGGCUGCUGGCCCCGGGAUACACAGAAACCCACUAUACCCCAGAUGGGCAGCCAGUGGUGCUGGUCCCCGACCACACGGACCACUGCCAUUACCAUGGACGUGUGAGGGGCUUCCCUGACUCCUGGGUAGUCUUCAGCACCUGCUCUGGGAUGAGGGGCCUGAUCACACUGGGCAGCAAUGCCAGUUAUUAUGUGCAUCCACGGUCAGCUGGAGACUCCGAGGACUUCAUCACUCACAAGAUGUUCCCAACCAGGCAGCUGUUCAGCUGGAAAGGGGCCUGCGGCCACAGGGAUGCCGGGAGCAAAGGGGACAAGGCCAGCCUUUCUCGUGCCACUCAGAUCAAGGAGAGGAGGGAGGUCCGCAGGAGCCCAAGGUUCUUGGAGCUGUACAUAGUGGCUGACCACACACUGUUCUUGACCCAGCACAGGAACUUGAACCACACCAAACAGCGACUCCUGGAGGUGGCCAACUACGUAGACCAGAUUCUCAGGACUCUGGAUAUUCAGGUGGCACUGACUGGCCUGGAAGUGUGGACAGAGCAAGACCGGAGCCAUAUCACGUCAGACGCCAAUGCGACGCUCUGGGCCUUCCUGCAGUGGCGCCGAGGGCUGUGGGCACGGUGGCCACACGACUCCACGCAGCUGCUCACGGGCCGCGCCUUCCAGGGCGCCACUGUGGGCCUGGCGCCCAUCGAGGGCAUGUGUCGCGCUGAGAGUUCAGGAGGCGUGAGCACGGAUCACUCAGAGCUUCCCAUUGGCGCAGCAGCCACCAUGGCCCACGAGAUAGGUCACAGCCUUGGCCUCAGCCACGACCCUGACGGCUGCUGCGUGGAGGCGGCGGCUGAGCAAGGCGGCUGCGUCAUGGCCGCGGCCACCGGGCACCCGUUCCCACGCGUAUUCAGCCCCUGCAGCCGGCGCCAGCUGCGCGCCUUCUUCCGCAAGGGGGGCGGUGCGUGUCUUUCCAACGCGCCGGACUCCAGGGUCCUCGUGCCUCGGGCGCGCUGCGGGAACGGCCUCGUGGAGGACGGCGAGGAGUGUGACUGCGGCCCCAGCCAGGAGUGCCCGGACGCCUGCUGCCUCGCCCACAACUGCUCGCUGCGUGCAGGAGCCCAGUGCACACGCGGGGACUGCUGCGCGCGCUGCCUGCUGAAGCCGGCUGGCGUGCUGUGCCGCCGAGCUGCUAGCGACUGUGACCUCCCAGAGUUCUGCACGGGCACCUCCCCCUACUGCCCCCCGGACACUUUCCUACUAGACGGCUCUUCCUGCGCCAGCGGCCGGGGCUACUGCCGGGAUGGCGCGUGUCCUACACUGGAGCAGCAGUGCCAGCAGCUCUGGGGGCCUGGCUCCAGCCCAGCCCCGGAGGCCUGUUUCCAGACUGUGAACUCAGCAGGAGACGCCCAUGGAAACUGUGGCCAGGACCGCAAGGGUGGCUUCGUGCCUUGUGCGCAGAGGGAUGCACAGUGUGGGAAGCUGCAGUGUCUGGGUGGGGAGCAGCGCCCACUGGCACCACACACGGUACCGGUGGACUCCACGGUUGGACUAGGCAGCAGCGAGGUGACCUGCAGGGGAGUCUUCCUGCUGCCUGGUGUCCAGCUAGACCUGCAUGACGUGGGCCUGGUAGAGCCAGGCACCCAGUGUGGCCCUAGAAUGGUGUGCCAGGACGGGAGCUGCCAAAACACUACCUUCUGGGAGCUGGAGCGAUGCCUGACAGCCUGCCAUGGCCAUGGAGUUUGCAACAGUAACCAUAACUGCCACUGUGCUCCGGGCUGGGCUCCGCCGUCCUGCAACAAGCCAGGGUUUGGUGGCAGUGUGGACAGCGGUCCUAUACAGCCUGAAAACCACAAGGCAUUCCUGCUGGUGGUGAUCCUUAGCUUUCUGCUGCCUCUGCUCCCCGGGGCCAGUCUGGCCUGGUGCUGCUACCGACAGCCGGGAUCCCGUCUCCAGCAAUGCCUCUGCGGCUCAAGGAGGGGUCCUGCAUGCACUGGGCCCAAAGAUGGCCCACACCAGGACCCUCCCCCUAGGAGCGUUCACAGCAUGGAGUCAGGCCCAGCAGCCACUGAAGAGCCCGGACUCUGGGGUGAGUGA